CCUGCUCGCACAGACUGUCAGUGAGGAAGUGUGGCAGUGGCUCGUUUUAGUGUUUUUACUGAAUGGCUGAAAGCUGAUCGACAGUCCGUGUGGACAGCAGCAUGACGGACACACAGAACAGCGAGGUGGAGGAGGCUGACCAGAUCUACCUGUUGAUGAAGGAGCAGUACCGGAUUUCUCGGAAUGUGCGUUUGGCAUGGUUCCUUGGUAAACUUAACCAAGCUAUCUGGCCAGCAUCAAAGCCCGAAUUGCUGAACUCGGUGAAUGAGUUGGACUUGCUGAGCGUCUUACCAAAGGGAUGGCAGCCAGACUUCUCUCAGAGUCUGUACCCUUACAUGUUGAUGCCAUCCACGCGGGCCACCUUCCUGGCUCGGAGGUACUGCUUCAUUAUUGAGCUGGACCUCAGUCCUUCAACGGGAAUUGUGGAUGAUGGGACAGGAGAGAUGAUCUUUGAUGAAGUUUUUCAUGCCUUGUCUCGGUGUCUGGCUGGUCUAGCUCAAACAUUCAGAGUCCCUGGAACUGAUCAACUUUUCAAGCCGAAGAUUUUCAUCACCAUUUUGGCGUAUUCAUCAAUAAUUGGACUAAGGUCACAUCAGGUGUUGGUACAGGGCUGUCAGCUUGAUCAAACAGACCUCAGUGACUUCUUGCAUCACAUCUAUCAGCAGCUCCGAGCAGUGGAGAACAACAUUGCCGAAGCCCUACAUCAGCAGUACAAGCAGUCUGUGGAGCACAGCAGCACCAGCAUGGAUGACCAGCCCCACAGGACAGCUGGUGUUAUUUCCAUGGUGUCAGCUGAUGUUGGAUUGGUCAGCAUGGUACGACAGGGUAUCUUGGCUCUUCAGUUACUGCCACCAAACUCCAGUUCAGGUAUCAUUAUCAUCACAGACGGUGUGACCAGUGUUCCUGAUGGGGCAGUGUGUGAAACCCUGCUUAAUCAGCUCAGGAGUGGAACCAUCGCCUGCUCCUUUCUGCAGGUGGGUGGUACCUACUCCUAUGACUGCAGCUUUGGCUACAUCCCAAAUGUUGAGCUGAUGAAGUUCAUCUCCUUAGCCACUUUUGGCUCAUACCUGCCCAGCUGUCCAGAACCAGACUUAAACAGCCAGGAGAUGAAUGCUUAUCACAGAGCCUUCCUGACCUACUCUUUCCUCAAGAGCCCCGAGUCCAUGAACUCAGAAUACUUCUGCGUUUCUCAGCACAAACUGUUCAACGAGCACCUGGUGUCAGCCAGCGGUAAUCCUGCCCUGGUGAUGAGGAGGAAGAAGCACAUGGAGAAGGAGGUCCACGCCCACCUAAUCAGUGUGGUCUCUGUGCGACUGAGAGAAGGCUACACAAUCAGAGAGAUCAGCCUCACCAAAGGUGGGACUCAGCUGGAGGUCAAGUUAGUGCUGUUAUGGAAACACAACAUGCAUAUUGAGUAUGUAGCAGCCACAUCCUGGCCACUGGACCUCACCAAGCGAACCACUCGAGUGGAAGUGACGAUGGAGGGAAGCUACGACAUCUUGCAUGACAUCAGCUGCACCCAGAGGAAACCCAUUACCAGCCCAUAUCGCACCUCUGUCAUCCGCCGUUUCUGGACCACACUGCAGAGCAUCAACCAGACCGAUCAGAUGUUGGUGCAUCUGCAGUCAUUCAAUUCAGUUCCUGAGAACUACACAAUUCCUGAAAGUACCAAGAAUGGUGUCCCUCUGUUUUACAUCCCUCCUGGCUCCACCACUCCGGUUCUUUCACUGCAGCACAGUGGAUCCAAAGACUCUUCUCAGUCCCAGUUUGCCUCAUACUGGAAGCCCAUCCUGUCCAUGGAUGCAAACUUCUGGCAGCGAUGGCUGCACAUGCAUCGCAUUACCAUCAUCCUCGAACAUGACAUGCCUGUACCCAAACACCUCCACACUGCAGGGAGUAACGGGCGCUACAGCACCAUUCAGUGUCGCAUUUCCCACUCUGCCCUCACAUCCCUGCUGAAGGACUGGAGCAGCUUUGUGCUGGUGGAGGGCUACUCUUAUGUCAAACUCAUAUACAGUGCUUCUGACCAGCCUCCCUCCUCCUUCUACCUGGUGCGUCUCAUCUCCAAAGCACCAUGCAUGGUGCUGCGUUUGGGUUUUCCCAUUGGUACAUCAGCCCAUAUCAGGAAAAAGUCCUUUUUUGCCUUCCUGAUGCCGCGGGACAGGUUGGCUCUCGCUGUUCUCAAGCCAGAUUCAUGCCCGGCUCUGAAGGCUUUGUCUCUGGCUCUCAGCAGCUUGUGGACAUCACCUGUCAGCCAUGGUUUCUGUUUGGCCCGGGUGAUGAUGGUUUUUGUGUGGCUCACAUCAUCAAUGCACUUUGUGAUUUUCUCCACUGAUGAGGACAAUGACACAGAGGUGGAGGCUGUCGAUGUGGACUCUGAGCUGAACCUCGUCACAGAGUGCUGGGUAGAACCACAGUGUGGCACAGUGGUGACCUGCAUGGAACAGCAUCGCCACUUCCAGGGCCUCCAGUACCAGGAGAUCCCACAAGCGAUUUUCCCCAGGGAUUUGACCUGUAUGUCCACAAUGAUGACCUUUGAGUAUUUGAGCCAGCUGUGUCAGAAUAAGGACCAGGUCUGCACACUACCACUUGGAACCAAGGAUGUCAGAGGUCCAGGCAUUGGGUAUCCGCAUCACCCCAAAAGGUCAAACUCAAUCAACUCAGAAGUGUUGCACAGUCCAUGUGCCUCUCAGUGCAAAGGACCCAGAGCAAUGAACAUCACUGCUGAGAUAAGUGAAUGUGUCUACAAGUCCACACUUUCACCACAUGCAGACUUCUUCUCGAGCACUGCAGUCAGAGGAUCCAUGAUUCCACAAAGAACACAGCAUCAUGCACAAAAUCAAGCAGAGGGCUUGGUCUGUGAGGACAACAAUAUUCACAUGGUUCCCUUCAUGUUUGACCUCAUUCAGUUGCUCCCAAAAUGCCAGCAGGUUGAACUCUUCUUCCUCACUUUCACUACAGUUUUGGAGGGUGAAGAGCACCGCCACAGUUCUCCUUGUCUGGCCAACGACCUGCUUCUGACUUUUCACAGCAGCCUCCAGCAGGAGCUCAGUGACCGGGAGGUGUCCUUAGCUGACAGCGAUCACGCCACCUUCAUGCACCAUAUCUUAGAGCGCCAGCGUGAUGGCCACGCUGCACCAUUCUGCUUACCUGUUAUUAAAGAAGAGUGCGGGAAGCCUUCAGAUAGGCAGGACACAGUCUCCAUCUUUCCCACACCACUGGUACAGCAAGAGGUGACAGGAUCAACCAGCACUUUACAGAGUUUCAGUAAUGCAGACCUGGUGGAUGAAGAGGCCUUGAUGGAGGAGCAGAGCUGCUCCGUACCACAGUGGAGGUGCUACGUCAAGUACAUCAACUCCCAGCUGCUCCUCCUCACAUUUCUGCCAGCUACAUUUACAGAUGUUCUGAUGUUGAUGACAUCCGGAGUUGAGACGGCACCUCAGAGAAGCAUCAGCGCUCAGGACGACGGCACUCUGACUCCCAGCAACAAGUCACAGGCUGACUCCCUGUCCGGCUCUGUCAGUGGAGUGGAUCGCUCUGAGUUGGGCGCAAGUGUUCCCAGCAAGCUGUGGAGUAGUUACAGCAGUGGACACAUCGGUGUUAUAGCUCCUCUUCUGUCACUGCAAUCUGAGGACCAGAGUGGGCCUUCUGACUGCCUGAGCCUAGACCAGGACAGCAGUGACAACAGGACCUCUGAGUCAGAGACUGGGACACCAGAUUCAGAUUUGGGAAGUAAGGAGCCAGUCCAAUUCUCUGAAACUCCGAUGGUUGAUUUGCAUACCGGAUUCAGUCGACAGACUUCCCACCAGAGUGCUGCUGAUGGCACCCAGUUAAAGUGUCCCGUCUACGUCUACAACUGUUCUCUGGAGCACCUGAAGGAGCAGCUGGUGCACCCCACCUCCAGCCGCCACCCCAAGGACAUCUUCUUCAGGUUACUGUUCCAGGACCGCAACAGUCCUUCACCUGGGACAGAUCUGCUGGCUCAGGCUCAAAAACAAAAAGAGCUCACCAGCUACUGUAGCCUGUUGCAGGAGCAUUACCAUCAGAGCUACGUCAGAGGGGUUUACCGCAGCCUGCAGCAGGCUUACACCAUUAGUUCCCAGGACGUCCUGAUGGCCAUGGAUUACUGCGAGGAGUCCCUGCAAGAGAUUGACAUCACCUCCUUCAUGCAGACCCUCUGUGGCCAUAUCAGAGUCUUCAGAGAGCACCAUGGGCCUCCAGAAUGGAGUGAGAAGCAAAAACCGAUAAAAAGCCCUGCUGCUUUUGUUGUUGGAGAGGCUGAAGCAGAACGAUCGGCUGCCAGGGCUGCCAUGGCCUCCUCAUCCAGUAUUGAAAUGGAGGAUGCCAGUGAAACUGAAUCUAGAGAAAGGACUUCCGUUCCUGCAUCUCUGCGGAUCCUGGAUGAACCCAAGAUGGCCAAGAUGCCAGAAUUUCCAGUGACACUGCUGCAGACACAGCCGAAGUGUGAAGUCUACCCAGAUCUGCACACAAUCAUACAGGAUAAGUUCUUGGCAGUUGUCUCCCAGUAUUUCCAAACUGUGCCCUCCAAUCCACAUUACUACUUCUACUGCCCUCCAUCAUCAAAGAAAGAGGAGGACUCAGAAGAUGGGGAUGAUGACAGGAGACCCAUUGAAGACAUGGUGUCAGAGGCUGAGCAAGCUACUGAGGAUGAAAAUGUGACGGGGUGUGGCAUUAUGACUGAGAGUGACACUGAUUUGCUGGUGGAGUACGAGGAGCAUCCAGCUUCCUGUUCCCAGGAAAACGGUGAAGAAGGGUCCAUGUCUGAUUCCAACACAGUAAACCAGGACCAGGACUCCUUCAGCAUUCUGGAGGGUGAUUCUUUUCAGGAGAAUGAUGGGCAGCAGCUUGACAUGCCACCACUGUUCCUGCACAUCACGGCCUCUAUCAACACCAAAAGCUGCCAUGGUUCCAUGCCCAUACGAGCCCUGCCCACAUGUCUGGGUGAGAUUUUUUCCUGCCUGGAGAACGCUGAGACCUUACAGUUUGUGGAUUUAAAUGACAUCUCAGUCACACUGGAUAUUUUUGUCCUCACACUGCCUCUGGAGAUUGAAGUUCUGCCUGAUUUCCAUCACAACAGGUACACGUCUGAAAGCAGCGUGUCUCUGAACCGCUCUCCAGGACAGCCAUCGUCCUAUCGAUCGGACGAGGAGCUCAUGGCUGUGUUGGACAGCCUGAGGGGACCUGUGAUCAAUGGGGUCUCUGCUGACCCCUUGUCCAAACUUCCUCUUUACCACAAGUUGGCGAUUCUGGCCACAAUGGAUGAGCUCCGCUGGCUGCUUGAGGAUGAGAUUGUUUGUGCCUUGCGUCACUCUCGGGUUAUCAGCUCAGUCACACUGCAGAAAGUCGCCGACCACGUGUUGAACUCCAGCACUCGAGCACACUGUCACUGCGAAGACAUCCUGCUUCAGUUUGUUUUUGGCCCUGAGCAGUCUUUGGAAAAGUUCAGAGAGGAAUUUCGCAAAAUUUCUUUCUCUGGAUAUGUGCUUAAUGGAGAGCAAGACAGCUUCUACUACUUAUCUAUGAGCCGUCUGCAUGCUCAGAGGAUCAAUGCUGCCAAGAGGCUGAGUGAGAGCAUUGCACCUGCUGCACAGCAGGCUGUGCCCUACAGCUCUGGGGCUCAGGGGGAGGAUGCUGUGCUGCACAGUGAAGCAGAGGCGAACAGUGAGGAGGAAGAGUUAAAGCCAGACAGCAUUGCACCUGAUGUGCCUCAGGAUGUCAGCGAGGCACUCAGAGGUGUGAAGACUGAGUUGGACGACGCCAUUUCCCAGAACUCAGCUAGUAUGGGAGGGGACAUAAGUCAGCCUGAAAGUACCCAGCCUGAUGCCGAACACUGUAUGGAGCCCAUCUCGCCCCCAAAGACCCCAUCCAGCAUUAGCCUGGCAGAGUCCACGCAGUCAGCCACUCACAGUGGCGGUAAACUCAGACCAAGAAGAGUACAGAGUGUCAUCUCCAGUCAAGGCAGUCUGGACUCAGACAUGCAAGGUUAUGAUGGUGGCAGCAGUGACUCAGAGUGUGAGAGUCCCACUCUGGAUGAACAGGACUGUCCACUGAUGCCAGACUUUUGGCUGAUUGUCAAGAUCCUCCAGGACAGAGUGAAGGUCUUUUCUCAUUCCAGGAGCGUGACCAUGGGCAAAGACAUGUGUCCUGACGACCAGCAGCAGGAACAGCCUGAAUACCUGCUGCUACAUCAGAUGAUGGUCAGGAAGAUUGGAGAAAUCUGUCGACUCGUCAAUCAGAGUAUGCUGCUGCAAGAUCUGCAUGACAGCCACGUGUGUAACUCUCUGCUGGUGGCUGAGAGUGAGGAAGACAUCUGGAAGACGGACUCUCUCUACAGACAGAGGAUCAACACCUCUGAUGACUACACCAGUGAGGACAGCUAUCAGCCCAGAGACUACUUGGCAGCCACCAUGCAGUUUAUACCCGGACAUUUUGCUUGUGAUGUGGUAUGGAGCACCGUCAUCCACAUCCACCCACGACUCAAGAUGGGGCCGAAUAUGGGGGUGUCCAGGGCAAUCCAGGCUCUGCGGUCUGUACUCAGCUCUUUCUGCGUGGUCAACAGGAAGAACAUGUUUGUCUACCAGGAGCGUUCAACUAAGUCAGUCUUCUACCUCAGGCUUUGUGAAACGGCACAAACAGGAAAAUACUCAGAUGUGGAUGAAAGCCUCUACAUGACUUAUUCUGUUGGACUCACCCGGAGUCAGGAACCGCUGUUCUCUGAAGACCAGAUGGGUUCCAGGUCCUCUCUGGAGGGCUCUCGACCAGUUGGUCAAGUGGACAAACACAUCCUGCUGCUGGUGCAUGGAGUUGGAAAUGCAGGUCCAGAGAUUACAGGCGAGCUGGUUAAGGUGCUGCGUAAGCGACUGGAUGAGACCACGUUGGACAUCAUUACAGUUAUGCUGGUUAGAAACUGCAAGCUAACCCCAGCUGAUGUGGAGUUCAUCCAGCCUGCAGGCUCAGCGCCGACUGAGGUGAUGGUCUUCAGCCUUCCUGAUUACUGUCUGCCCUGGAUCUCUGCUGUGACUCACUACCUCAGGCAGAAUCUGCUCAUCUUCCUUCAUGUCCCAAAGUACACCGACAGCAACACCAUGCACCACUUCAAGCAUCACUCCCAUCUGAGCAGCGACCUGCCUGAUGGUGAUACCUACCUCUACAACAAACCUGGAGGCCAGGGCACGGGGGGCAAAGGUAUUGCUUGUAUUGCUCUGUCAUUUGUGGAUGCCCAAGGCUGCCCCCUGCAGGUCACAGUCAAUGACUCCUCCAUGCUGCAGAGAUUGGAUCUUUGCACCAUCCCGCUCCAUCCAGACCACUUUGACCAGCUGACCACUGUGAUUAAGGUGGACACCUCACACCUCAGUUCACCUGCAGACCCUCAGCUGUCUGUGCGCUUUGAUAUCUGGGAGCAAGGCAACAUCAGUCCGGCACAGCUCAGUAAUAGACUGCAAGGGGCACUACGACAUGCACUCUGUGAUGUGGUGAUGGAGCUGAGAGUCCUGCCCAAUCCUCUUUGUGUGGAGUCCGCCUGCUCAGCAAUGAAAGCUCAGAGGGAAGAGGUCAAAGUCAAAGAAGUGAAGGAUGGUUCCAAGCAGCGCGAUGGCUCACGUGUCUUUAAAACAAGUCCAUCCUUGAUCAGCACAGUGGGGACCAGCACAUCCACCGAGUCCACCACACCCACUCUCAGGAGCACUCGCAGAAGCUUCUGGGAUAUACUGAGUAAGCCUGAUUCAUCAGAACUAGGUAGCCCCAAGACAACUGAUGACAUAGUGCAAGACAAAGGUGAAGACAGCCGAGCAGCUCGCAGACGACACAAGACGGAGAACAUAAAGCAGCAAUGGAGCCAGGAGAAGUCUGUGGGUGUGGAAGUGGAGCAGGCACAGAGGAGGUACCUGUCUCAGUUGGAGGAGGGCUGUGCUGGGACUCUUCACCCCGUCUACCAGCUCAUCUGUCAGCGUUGGAUCAUCUUCAUGGCUGAGCUUGGCUGCCCCUCCAUUCAGCAGUGCACCGCAGACACUGCUGCCCACUUCCUGCUGCCCUCCAUCCUGGCAGAGAUCGCCAGCUUGGUCAGUUCUCUGGCAGUCGACACAUCAGUGAGAGUCUUUGAAAAGAUCAGGUAUGAAAUGAUCAGCGCUGCAUCUUCUGCAGACAGGCCGGCCCACACAACACUGGAUGCUGAAUCCCUGCGUAUGGACGCGGCUGAGCAGCGCAUUUCGGUCACAGAGGAGAGCGUGGAGGAGCUGGAGACUAGAUUGGCGAAUGCUGAAAAGAAAUUGGCGCUCAUGAGUGAAUGGCUGGACAACCAAGAGGCAAGAGAGCGCAGAGACAACCUCAGAAUUUAUGGUGUAAAAGAAGGAAUUGAAAAGGGUAAUGCUCUGACCUUUUUUGAAACCUGGCUGCCCAAAUUGCUCAACUUUGAAGCCCCCAAAGGCCGUCUGGUACUGGACAGAUGUUACCGGACUGGGGGUGCUGGUCGUGUUGGAUCAGAUACUCCCAGAGCUGUAAUCAUGAAGCUUCACUAUCCAGCAGAUAAAAUGAGAGUGUUGUCACUGUGCGCCGGGCGUAAAUUGACGUGGGAAGGCGCCACAAUCACCAUCCGUCAGGAUUUUCCUCAAAGUAUUGUCCAGCGAAGAACAACAUUCAACACUGUGUGUCAGAGACUCAUCGCCAAGAACAUCAGGUUCCGGAUGAGGUAUCCAGCGAUCCUCGUGUUUUCACAUAACAAGAAGGACUACUCUUUUGACAGCGCGGCAGCAGCUGCAGUCAUCGUGGACGCAAUGGAGCAGGAGGUCUCCUCCUCUCCAUCUCUUCUGUAUGUCCGCAGACAGCCGAGCAGCUCGCAGACGACACAAGACGGAGAACAUAAGCAAUGGAGCCAGGAGAAGUCUGUGGGUGUGGAAGUGGAGCAGGCACAGAGGAGGUACCUGUCUCAGUUGGAGGAGGGCUGUGCUGGGACUCUUCACCCCGUCUACCAGCUCAUCUGUCAGCGUUGGAUCAUCUUCAUGGCUGAGCUUGGCUGCCCCUCCAUUCAGCAGUGCACCGCAGACACUGCUGCCCACUUCCUGCUGCCCUCCAUCCUGGCAGAGAUCGCCAGCUUGGUCAGUUCUCUGGCAGUCGACACAUCAGUGAGAGUCUUUGAAAAGAUCAGCUGUCCACCAGAUGGAGAUGUCUUUGUCCCGCUCACUCUCGUCCAGAAUGCAAUUCAGCCUCCAGAUGCUGAAAGGAGCUUUCUCCUGAUUGGACGGAGCUUCCAUCAGUGGCAUUGCAGCACAGAACAAGAAGACAGUUCAGACGAAGAAAACAUCGCAGUGCUAAAUAAGUUCACACCUCAUAAGGGUUUCCAGCGCUUUGAUGCUUUGGACCACAGGGACUGGAUCAGUCCUGGCCUGGCCUUGGCAGGAGUGGCUCCCCGCCAGAGGUUCCUGUUCAUCAGCAUCCUCAAGAAAAAGGUGACUCUGUACAGCUAUAACUGGUCUGUGGAUCUGGGUGUUUCUCUGAACCGUGAGCUGGUCCGUCUGGUCAAGUGGCAGAAUGCCAGGGCCCAUGUUGUCCACUGUCUGCUCAACCAGAAGAUGGGCCUGUUCCAUCACUACUGCUUCUCUGAUGCACCUGUGCAUGAAAUGGACUCCAAACAGGAUCCGAACCUCUUUCUCAGCCCGUCCAUGGAGCCUGACGCUUUGCUGCGAAGUGCAGUUCCUCCUGUCCCUGGUAAAGAGCAUGGCAGGCUCAUUGGCUCUGGGCGAAGUCUGGCUCCGCUGCACUUCCCAUCUGAGCUGCUGCCAUUUGAUGAGGCGCUGAGGGACGUGUGCACUGCCCGAACCCUGAGUGCCACUGCGGACGUAGUGGCUCGACACAGUGGUCAGCUGCUGGAGAUCAAAGCUGCUGAGAGGAGAGAACUGGAGAAACAAAUGAAGAUAGAGAAUCUGUUUGUGACGUGGCAGCAGAGGUCAGCGCAGUCAAACAUGCCGAUAUCUGUGGCGGAUUUGGAGACGCUGAAGCAGUCAUCCAGGCUGGUGCAUUACUGUGCUACUCCUCUCCUCUUUGACCCCCUGUUCCGUAAGCAGAUCCAGGAAGCUCAGCUCAGCCAGCCUCCAGUGAAGGUACUUGUGUUGUCUGAUUUUAGGAAAAAAUUGCAGAAAUGUCAACUGAAUGUUGUCAAGAUAAAAGAUAUGGUUAUUGACUUUCGAAAAUGGAUGAUCUCACCCAAAACCACUGCAAUCAAAGGCCAACAGGUGGAGCAUGUGGACAACUAUAAAUACUUGGGAACGCUGAUAGAUAGCAAGCUGAACUUUAACGACAAUGCAGACCUGCUGUAUAAGAAGGGAUCCGAACCUCUUCUCAGCCCGUCCAUGGAGCCUGACGCUUUGCUGCAAGUGCAGUUCCUCCUGUCCCUGGUAAAGAGUGGCAGGCUCAUUGGCUCUGGGCGAAGUCUGGCUCCGCUGCACUUCCCAUCUGAGCUGCUGCCAUUUGAUGAGGCGCUGAGGGACGUGUGCACUGCCCGAACCCUGAGCCACUGCGGACGUAGUGGCUCGACACAAACUGGAGAAACAAAUGAAGAUAGAGAAUCUGUUGUGACGUGGCAGCAGAGGUCAGCGCAGUCAAACAUGCCGAUAUCUGUGGCGGAUUUGGAGACGCUGAAGCAGUCAUCCAGGCUGGUGCAUUACUGUGCUACUCCUCUCCUCUUUGACCCCCUGUUCCGUAAGCAGAUCCAGGAAGCUCAGCUCAGCCAGCCUCCAGUGAAGAAACGGCAUCGCUCCAAUGACUCCACAGCGUCGGGUCGGGACCGGAGCUACAGCACUGACUCGGCUGACAUGCUGCCCAGUCGGAUGAAGGACGAACCGUGGCUGCUUGACAUUUCCAGCACAUUCCUCCAGCAGUAUGUCCAGUACCUGCAGAGCAUGGGCUUUAUCCUGGUCCAGGUCCGGCCUCAGUCUCCAGCUCGCAGCAUUGCCCGCGCUCGCGCUGCCAUGCUGAGCUCCAUGUCAUCAGAAGGGAGGAUGUCCUUUUCUUAUGUGAAGCAAAAGAGCGAGGACAGCCCCAAGGCUGCACCAUCUGGCACCACGGCGUAUCAUCUCCAGAGGGCACUGCCAGGGGGGAUCGUGUUGAUGGAAAUGGCUUUUCAGGGCUCUUACUUCUGUGUCAAACAGUAUGCGCUAGAAUGCUCCCGUAUUCCCAUGGGCCAGACGGUCAAUUCUCAGCUCUCCAUGCUCUUCACUGAGGAAUGUGACAAAGUACGGGACCUCAUGCAUGUGCAUUCGUUCAGCUACGACUUCCACCUGCGAGUGGUGCACCAGUAUUUGGUGGGCUGCCACAUGACACUGCGUCAGGGCUACCAGCUCACUGACUUCCUGGAUGACUUCAUCUCCCACCAUCCAGAUAUUCCCAAAUUUGGCCGUAGUCACAUCUUCCAAGGAAACUUCUCCAUCUCAACGGGCAUGAUAACCGCUCACCAGCUGUACAAUUACAUCACCGACCAUGCCAGCACGUACAGCAUGAAGCCUCUGCGCAUGUCCAAAGCUGCCGCUGCCACUGACAACAAGAAAGCAAUUCCUGACCUGCACGAGUACGCACUCGUGGCUCUGUGGAACAGUUCUGGCUCCUACAAGGACCUGGAGGGCCUUCAGCGCCAUGACGACUUUGACGUGUCUCUGCUGGUGUGCCACAGUGCUGCUCCAUUUGAGGAGCAGUCAGACGGUGAACGGCAUAUGAUGAGGUUGCGGUAUUAUGUGAUCAUGACCAGCCAGAGAGAGCUCUUCCCCCACCUCACAGCGGACAUGCGAAGAUUCAAGAAGAUUCCUCAGAUACACCGUGAUCACAGUGAGCUCAGUGGCCAGCUUCACCCAAAUCGUUCAGACUCUGUUGGGUCACAUAGUGUGGACCAGGACUUGUGGGAGGAAACGUCCUGUGAAGUUGCAGCUGUCACAGUCCCAAAUGACGGAAGCGAGAUUGACCCGCUUGUGGGAUCAGGAUGGGGUGGAGCAGAGGCAGAAGGACUGCUGUACCCAUCUCCACUGUUCCCCCUGCUCCAGAAUGAAGCGGCAUGUGCACGCAGGAUGAUCCAGGCCAGCGUGGAGCAGGCCAUGGGCCACUGUCGCCGAGACAACCUGUGGAGGAGGCUGUUCCAUGGCGAACAUGUGGCACUGGACAAGCUGAAGCUGACCAAGCUGACAUUCAGCGAGCUGGAGGAGCUGCUGGACGCUGUGCAGAGCAGUUCAGUGGGAGAAAUUGACCCACAGCUGGACUGUUUCCUGACCAUGAGUCCAGCCUGGUACCAGAGUCUGAUCAAAGUCCUGCUGAACCGGUUCCCUCAGAGCUGCAGACAUUUUGAUGAUGGCAGCAUUCAGUAUUUGGCUGUUCUCAACCAGAAGUUCACCGACUGCUUUGUUUUGGUCUUUCUGGACACCCAAGCAGGAAAAACUAGCCUGAAAGUUGUGUUUCGGGAGCCACUGCCGUCUCAGCCCCAGUCCAGCAGCAGUCCUCCGCCCCAGCUGGUGUCCAUGUACCACCACCUGGAGUCUGUGAUCAACACCGCCUGCUACAAUCUGUGGACCGGACUCUUAUAGACCACCUGCAACUGUGACAUAU